AUGAAUCCAAUCACCGCAGCCGUUGGCCUUUUGGUCUGUAUUCUGUUGGCUACGAGCCCCCUUGCCUCAGCCACCAUCCACCGAAUCAACGUCACGACGUCGGACACCUUCGUGCCAGGACUCGUCUACAUCGCUACGGGUGAUACUGUGGUGUGGGCAAAUCAACCCGGCGGAUCGUCGCCACACAACGUCGUGUCCGAUUCGCAGUUCUUUACGUGCAGCGAGGGCUGCUUCGUCAAUGCAUCCACCGGCGCCGAUUCCUACAUCGUAGCCGGCCAGGCUGGAGAUGGCAAUUCGAGCACCGCUGCAUGGACGUUCAACAUCACCUUCACCGCUGCCGGUCUCUACCCCUACCACUGCGACGGCCUGGGUGCAGCGGCCCUCUCGGGCAUGGCGGGCGCCAUCUUCGUCGCGGACACGCCAGUGGUGCUCGAUCAAACCUACAACGGCCUCAUCUCGGGCGGCAACUUCGUCGCCAUCAUCGUGGGCGUGGUUGGCGGAGCCGUGCUGGGCGUUAUCCUUCUCGUCAUCUCCAUCGCCGCCUUCAGGAAUCGCGAGGCCUUCAUCGCUCCUCUGCGACGGCUCAAGCACUGA